ACGAUUAUGGAACAGUUCAAUCCCAGCCUCAGGAAUUUCAUUUCUAUGGGGAAGACCUAUGAAAAAGCCUUAGCAAGUAUGACAUACGCAGCAAAAGGAUAUUUUGAUGCUCUGGUGAAGAUGGGAGAGUUGGCCAGUGAAAGCCAAGGAUCUAAAGAAUUGGGAGAUGUGCUCUUCCAGAUGGCAGAAGUCCACAGGCAGAUCCAGAACCAGCUGGAGGAGAUGCUCAAGUCCUUCCACAACGAGCUCCUGACACAGCUGGAGCAGAAGGUGGCGCUGGACUCCCGGUACCUCCAGGCUGCGCUGAAAAAAUACCAGACAGAGCAAAGGAGCAAGGGGGACUCGCUCGAUAAGUGCCAGGCAGAGCUGAAGAAACUUCGGAAGAAGAGCCAAGGCAGCAAAAACCCUCAGAAAUACUCUGACAAGGAGCUGCAG